CAGGCAUUUAUUUAGCUAAUUGCUGUUUGUGGUGCAUAAGCUGUGUGAGCCACAGGCACUUCAGCUAAAGCACAACACAGAAACACCUUCCACCUUGGCACAGAUGGCACCGUCAGCCAGGACGCAUCUUUGCCAGUAAAUGAAGUAUAAAAUCAUCCCAGAAUGGUUUGAGUUGGAAACGACCUUGAACACAUUUCAUUCCGAUGCCCCUGUGCCGUGGGCAGGGACACUUUCCACUAUCCCAGGUUGCUCCAAGCCCCAUCCAGCCUUGCUUGGAACACUUCCAGGGAUGGGCCAGGCACAGGCUUCUCUGUGCCAAUGCCUCACCACCCUCACAAGUAAGAAUUUCUUCCCAAUAUCUAGUCUAAACCUGCCCUCUGUCAGUUUGAGGCCAUUCCCCCUUGUCCUGUCACUCCAGACCCCUGUAAACAGCUAAGAUUAAGCCAGCAGAGUUUAGCUGUGCCUAAACACCCCCACGGCAAACUGUCACCUGUUUAGAGGUGCUUUGCGUGUGUGUCAUCCUCUUGCUGUACCUUGCAGAAAAUCCAAGUAGACCUUAUGGUCUGAGAUGAUUCAAACUAAACCCAAAGACAGGGAAAGCAGCACAUCACAGAAAACACUGUCAGGUUGAGAUUGUCAAUCCACUGGUGAAGGUAGAAGCACAAGGAGAACGCUGUCAUUCCUCCGGGAAGCUGUCGUGAGGUGGCACUCGGUGGAUGGUGUUGUUCUGCCUGCUGCAUUCCAGCUCGUGUGGGGGCAGAGGGUUAAUUUGAAUCACCAAUGUGAUUAUGUAGCUGCAGGAACUGGCUGAGAAGAUGGGCCUCAAACCUCAACAGCCUGGCAGAUUACAAAGAGAGAAAAAUAGGCAUCUCCAGAGAGGCAGAAGAAUGGAAAGAAAUUGCUUACAGGAGUACAAAGGCAGCUAAUUAGAAUGAAACAAGAUAAUAAGAUAGGGAGAAAUUUUGGCAGAGUGUAUCAGAGAAUUGUUCCUGUCAGUGAAUCUAUUAAGCAGAGGUAGAACCUCUCAAGGGCAGGUAGAGGGAGACCAGUUGGAACACAUAUAAGUAGAGGAUACAAAACAUUAGACACCAGACAAGUAUAAAGGAAAAUUCCUCUGGAACUACAUCUAGUCUGACAGUUCUUUAUAAGCUAAGCUUUAAUUAAGAGAUAAGAGUCACAGCCAUGAUUGUACUCCCUUCACAUCUGCUUUUCCUUUGGUUCUUAAUGUUAUUAUUGUUGCUUUCCUACACAGCACCCAAGCUUUGGAAACAUGGCUAAAGUUUUGCAUGAGACUGAAACCACUCCGGACAGUACCCCACCCAGAGAAGAACAGGACGACAAUGCCAGCAUGAAGCAGUACCUGAGAAACAAAAACCUUGUUCUGGAUUUCCUGCGCUCUGACCUGAACCCACACCAUCUCCAGUACCACUGGAACAAAGUUCAUCUUCUGAAGAAGUGUUACUUUUACUUGAAGUUUGAGCCCAGACACGUGUGCGUCAGAGACCAGAACAAUAUGAUGAUUUUUGCUGACAUCUUGCAAAUAGCAAACCCCUGCCAACUCCAGAAGAUCAAGAAGGUGGGGAAAAAACAGACUGAAAUCCAGCUGGCACUUUUAACUGAGCUGUUGGAGCAGCUGGAACGAGGUCGGGAGGAGCUGAGCCGUUACGUACAGAUCUGUGACGUAGAAGCUUUCCUCUCCCAGUGGGACUUGAAUAUAAAGAGAGUGCUCAAGCUCUCCAUGUUUUUCAAUAAGCUCAUUUCCUUGGAAGAGCCAAGGAAGCUGCAUGUCAAGCACAGUUUGGUGUCACAGAUACAUCUCGGAGGUGCUCUACACCCUCCCAUUACUUUUUCUCUCUACACCAAGAAGCCGCCGAUUUUUGAUCGGAUAGAGUCGUUCGCGUGCCAGACCUGGGCCCAGCUCAAGUGGUUCACUGAAAGUCAGGAGUCACACCUGGAACGGUGGCAGCUGGAGAUCAAGCUGGUGACAGACGACAGUCAGACAGAACCAGGAUACGGCCGGACCCAGGAAGUCAUCUCCAACCCGUGUGUCAUCAACCACCUGCUGCCCGGCAGGUUGUACGAGUUCAAAGUGAGGAGAUCCGACACUCACACGCUCGUCUACUCGCAGUGGCACGACUGCAUUAUAUUGAAGACAAAAACUCACCCUGCUGAAGACGCCAAGGAAGCCCCCAACCGCAGCCUGAUGAGGCGGCUCACAAGACCGACUCCCUCAGUUUAAUGGUUUAAUGAAAAAGAUGAGUAAGAGUAAUUAAAAAUAAAUUGUUUAAACAGUUUGCUUUAAAUCAAACUCGUUGUGUUUUCAACAGCGAUUGUACAGGUGCCUUCCCAAAAUCUCUCCAGGUUAGCAGUAACCCAUUAGAAAUUUCUCACAAAAAACAUCUUUAGGCAGCAUUUGGGACUCAACAGUUUUGUCCCACUGCCAGAGGCAGUGGUGGGAGCAGC